UAUUUUGUCAUGAUCUCUCUGCAACCUUAUUAGUGUAUGGUAAUAUAAGAAAAGCUACCCUGCAAAGGGCUAUGACAGAAGAAGUAACAUACGCCACUUUGAAUUUUGAAAACUGCCAUGUGCUGGAUAAUAUCACACAGCCUGAGGAUACUAAAGAAAAAGGGCAUCACACUUUACCCUGCUCUUGGUGGUCGGUUGUCCUGAUUUUGUUCGUACUGUGCCUGGCAUUGCUGAUGGGGCUGGUGACUCUGACAGUUUUAUUUUUCCAGGGUUCCAAGGAAUACAGGACACAGAUUAGAGAACUCAACAUGACCAAGAAUGAUCUGCAUGCAAAUUUCUCUGUUAUGCUUCAAGCAAUAGGAAAGCAGCUGUGCUUGGAAGGAGAUAAAACUCUUAAAAAUAAUGGUCAGAAUUGUGUACUCUGCCCUGCAAACUGGCAGUGGGAAGGUGGCAAUACCUGUUACUAUUUUUCUACAGAAGAGAAGACAUGGCAACAGAGUGACAAGUUUUGUUCUUCACAAAACUCCACUCUUCUUCUGAUAAAAGAAAAAGUAAAGUGGGAAUUGGUACAACAAUUUACUAAAAGAGCAUACUGGCUUGGAUUAUCAUUUAGAACUGAACAGAAUGGCUGGUUUUGGGCAGACAACACAGCUCUUACAGAGGAGCAAAAGUCUUGGAUAAGGAGCCUCUACUUAGUCCCCUACUGUGUAUCUCUUUAUAAUAAAGCCAUCUACAGACAACAAUGUAAUGAAAAGAAUUACUAUAUAUGCGAAAAGCUCGCCAUCAAGUUAGAGCGAGGUAACAACCAUCAGUGGGAUGACUGGUUUGUCAGACCAAAAUGAUUAUUAGAAUCUGGAAGAUAUUCUGCAAGACAUAUGUAAAAAUGUUUCACCAAGGAAACAUGCAUGGAGUUACCUCUUAAGAGUGACCCAAGUCUGUCACUGCAGGUUUAAAAACUGCCAAACGAUUGCUCGUUUUCAGCCGUGAUGGCCAAAAUGGUCAAACGUGGUUUCAAAGGAAAAAAAAAGUUACAGGCCAAGCACAUAAAAGCACUACUCCUUGCUGGUUCAUAAUUUUACAGCUGUAAUAUAACAUAAGUGAUGGAUUAAACCAUUCAGAAUACUCUUCUGAUGUCUUCUUGAUCUGACUGCUUUAAUAUACUACUGUGCUAGAGUGCCCAACACACAAACUCAGUUAUCCUCAGAAGGUAGACGAAGAUGUUCCCAAACUGUGUUAGUAAUCAUAUGUGCUCUGGAGCACAGGUAUUCAUAGUCCUUGAAAGGAUUUAUGCGUGUGCCACAGCAGAAGAUAUUCUUCAGCUGUGAACAUCUAGCUCUCUUCCAUGCUUCAUCCUUCUUCCUGGCACUAUUAGUUCUAUCUUUUUUUUAUUUUAGUUUGUUUUCUUUUGUUUCAAGUAAUUCAGUAAUACUUCUACUCUUUUUUAUUUCCUACCUUUUCAUUCAUGAUUUACUAAACCCAGAUGCCUACUGUGAUGUAUUGCAAAAGUUAUGCCCAGAUUCAGUCAGUAGCAUGAACUCCUUUUAGAUUUUUUUUAGGCUAUUUCUUGGAAUGCCAUACUACUAAUAUAAUUUUGAGCAAGGGUCUACAAAUGCAAACAUAGGAAAGAUACCCCAAGCAGUGUUAAUGCACAAAAUGU